AUGCACCUAUCCUGUCCACAACUGAUCGCCCCGACGGACGGUAGCCUCGUUGUGAUCACGAACGGCACGAGCACUGUGGCCACUUUUACGUGCAAUAUUGGCGGCAGCCUGCUAGGGUCUGCCAGUAUCACGUGUUCUUCCGAUGGCGUGUGGUCCGGCGACCUCCCAACAUGCGUGGUGUGCGGCACUUUGACGGACCCGGACAGCGGAGAUAUAGCAUUGUCGACGGACGGCCUGGUAACGGUGGCCACGUACUCGUGUGUGACUGGAUAUCACGUGAAUGGGGAGGCAUCAAGCACGUGUGAAACUAGUGGACAGUGGGGCAAUGUUCAACCUACGUGCGUGUGUGAUGCUCCUCUGACCCCGGACAGCGGGUCUGUGGAGAUCUCAGCGGACGGUCGGACGGCGUUGUACACAUGCGAUGCAGGAUAUACUUUAGUGGGCGUGUCUGCAAGGAGCUGCCGGACAUUGGGUGCCGGAUGGAACGAAACAGACCCCUCAUGUAAGGUGUGCAACGUUCUCUCGAGCCCAGGUGGCGGUCAGGUAACCUUGGUAACUGACGGCACGGACACACGUGCCGAGAUCACAUGCGACACUGGAUACACAAUGAGCGGCGAGUCCACCCUUGUCUGCCGAAGUGACGGGACAUGGCACCUCUCCGUGCCUACAUGCACUGCAUGUGAAUCAUUGACGACUCCGGCGAACGGAAACCUUCAAUUUUUAACGGACGGCACGGAGACGCAGGCUAAUUACACGUGCACGGUGGGCUACAGUAUAUCUGGUCCUGCACUUCUCUCGUGUCGCUCGGACGGAAGCUGGGACCUCACUCCACCCUCAUGUGUUCAAUGUUCCGUUCUGGAUGCCCCGGCGGCUGGACAUGUUGCGACGUUCACUGACGGUGUCGCCACUAUAGCGUCCUUCAGCUGUGUGUCCGGGUACCAUUUAGACGGAGCUGACUCUCCGACAUGCAGCGCCGCUGGCAACUGGGACCUGGAAAGUCCAAAAUGUGUGUGCGACGUCCCGACUAAUCUCAACAAUGGGAGUGUAGACGUCUCAUCUGACGGAAUGACGGCAACUUUCUCCUGUGACGUCGGCCUUUCCCUGUCUGGUGCACAAUCAUCCGUCUGCGACACGCUCGGGUCGGGCUGGGAUGCUGCCUGGCCAACUUGUGUGGCGUGUCCUGUGCUGGAGAGUGUUAGUAACGGAACGUCUCAGGUAACGUCUGACGGCGCCGUGACGUCUUGGUCGGUGAGCUGCGAUGUCGGCUCCACUGUGUCUGGGGCUAUCUCACUGGAAUGCCAGCCUGACGGAACGUGGACAGGACAGCUACCGGAGUGUGUAUCGUGCACCACGCUGACAUCGCCAAUAAACGGUAACAUGCAUCUACAGACCGACGGGGCGGUAACAACAGCCACCUUUACAUGUAGCCUCGGAUACUCUCUCAGUGGGCAAUCGGAAGUUACUUGUCAGAAUGAUGGCUCUUGGGACGCACCAGAACCCACAUGUGCACAAUGUGACCUAAGAUGGACUGUUGACAGUGGGGACGUAUUGUUCUCAACAUCCGGUGUCGAAACUACGGCUUCAGUGACGUGUGGAUCCGUAUAUCACGUCAUAGGUGACAAUUCUCUUACAUGCACGGACAGUGGGGAAUGGAAUUCCACCUUUCCUUACUGUGUGUGUGACGCUCAGGCAGCUCCAUCCGACGGAAGUGUUUGGGUGUCUUCGGAUGGCAGCUCGAUGGUUUUUACCUGUGAUGUGGGCUUUACGUUGGCCGGUGAGGCAGAGAACAACUGCAGCAGUGAUGGAACCGUGAGCUGUCAACCGUUGGCCGCCUCUUCAGUAGGUAGUGCAUCCGUGACGAGUGAUGGGCAGACAUCCGUAGCCGCCUUCAGCUGCCCAGCCGGCUACUCCCUCUCUAGUGCAACCACGACUGUCUCUUGUCUACCCGAUGGCACUUGGGGCAGCAGCAUUCCAGAUUGUGUUAAAUGCGAGACGUUGGCGAACCCGGCAAGCGGAAGUGUCAGUAUUGAGACCGACGGAAGUUCCAGUCACGCCAUCUACUCCUGUCUAACCGGAUACACGAUGUUUGGCGAUCAGCAACGAAACUGUCUUAUUAACGGCUCUUGGGACGGGGAUGUGCCGGUCUGCCUAUGCAGUCAAGCUUCCUCGCCUCCGAACGGCGCAGUGAGCGUCUCGACGGAUGGACUUACGGCUGACUAUACGUGCAACGUCGGGAACACGUUGUCUGGCGUUAGCCAACGAGAAUGUCGUCUCGACGGCACGGGCUGGACUGGUGAUGCCCCGACAUGUGUUGAAUGUAGCACGCUGGACUCUGUGGUUGGUGGAUCAGCACUCCUAUGGACGGACGGUGCCUCAACACAUGCCAACUUCAGCUGCCACACGGGCACCACCUUGGCAGGAGAACACCAUUUAACCUGCCGCACCUCAGGGUCGUGGUCCUUCAGCGUCCCACAGUGUGUGUCUUGCACAAAUCCAGUACAAACGGAAGGACUUGAAACUAUGACAACAUCGGACGGUCUAGCAACAACGAUUGCAUUCCAAUGUGCGGUCGGCUACUUGUUGCAAGGAGUGCACGAAACAUCAUGCACAGUUAGUGGCACGUGGAGCGAGCAGCAGCCGUCCUGUGUUUCUUGUCCAUCUCUUAACAGUCCCGACAGCGGCAUUGUUGUAGUAACAAGCAACGGCACCAACAGUAUGGCAACUUACAGCUGUGCUGGCGGCUACUAUGUACAAGGGGACAGCUUUAGGCUGUGCCAGGGUGACGGUGUUUGGAACUCAACAGACCCUACCUGUGUGUGUGAUGCUCCCUUGUUGCCGGAGAACGGUGGGUUCAUUCUCCAAUAUGAUGGCUACACAGCGCAAUAUCACUGCGAUGUUGGCUUUAGCUUAGAUGGGCCAGCUGAACGUACAUGCGCCUUGGACGGAACAGGAUGGUCCGACAUAGAUCCUAUCUGCGUCGGUUGUGAAGCUACAACCGAUCCAGCAAAUGGCACGGUGACUCUGACAUCAGAUGGCACUACGACACAGGCCACCGUGAGCUGUGACGUCGGCUUUACGGUCUCCGCAACUGAUCCUUCACUGUCAUGUCAGCCAGAUGGCUCUUACUCUGAGCAGCUCCCUUCAUGUGUCUUCUGCAUGGAGUUGCAAUCAUCCGCGAAUGGUUACAUACUGCUGACCUCAGACAACGAAACUACAUGGGCGACGUUCUCGUGUGAUAUUGGUUUCACUCUGGUUGGGGAACAAAGUCUCUAUUGUCUGAAAGAUGGGACAUGGUCACAACCUACUCCAACUUGUGUCACUUGCGACUCAGCCCCUACUAUCGAAAACUCGGUAUACACGCUAAAAACGAAUGGAACCUCGAGUUACCUGUCUGUACAAUGUUUAGACGGAUAUUACAUGCAAGGUGCUGAUGUCAUGGUCUGCGACUCCUCCGGGACGUGGGAUCCCAUACCAGAAUGCUGUGAGUAA